AUGAAGGCUGGGGGGUCAGCAGGUCACAGGCUUGUGCUAAGUUGUCAGAGAGCUGAAUGCUGUCCCCAGGCCCACAGCGGGGGUGCGAAGCAGGGGAGGGGUGGAGACCCCCUCCACUUUCUGUGGAAUGAGGAGAAGAAGAGGAAGAGAGGAGAGGCCGCCUGCAGUCUGUGGACUCUGGAUGCCAGUCUGUCUCCGGACGCUCCGAAGCAGGUUCACUGGUGUAACGUGGCGUAUUGGGAACACCGCACACGCGUGGGCCGCCUCUACACCGUGUACGAACCCUCCGUCAGCAUCUUCUAUGAUCUACCUCAAGGCACAGGCUUCUGCCUGGGCCAGCUCAGCCUGGAGCAGCGCAGCAGCACCGUGCAGCGGACUCGAGGGAAAAUCGGUUAUGGCAUCCUCCUGAGCAAGGAGCCCGAUGGCGUGUGGGCCUACAACCGCAGCCACCACCCCAUCUUCGUCAACUCCCCCACGCUGGAUGUGCCAAACAGCAGGACUCUGGUGGUGCGGAAGGUCAUGCCUGGAUACUCCAUUAAAGUGUUUGACUAUGAGCGCUCAGGCCUGCUCCGCCACAACCCAGACACACCCCUGGACGGACCCUUCGAUCCCAACAGUGUCAGGAUCAGCUUUGCUAAAGGCUGGGGCCCCUGCUACUCCAGACAGUUCAUCACCUCCUGCCCCUGCUGGCUGGAGAUCCUCCUCAACAAUCACAGAUAA